AUGGAGCCAGUGAAGGCUAGUUCAAAUACGAAAGGACGAACACAAUUAGUCAAAGUUGAAAAAAAGCCGAUUGGGUUUUCGAUUAAGCGACGAGCUCCAGAAGAUUGGAGUCCAGUUAAACGUCCGAAAAAGAGAGCGCCAAGGCCUGUGGAGCUAGAAGAGGAUAAUGAAAAACUAACGCCUAUCCUGAAGCAAGCAGGGGAAGAAGGAAAAGCCUCCCCUACGAAGGCGGUAUCAUUUUCGCCGAAAAAGUCAAUUCGAAUUAUUCCGAGCCAUAAAUCUCCUGCUCGAGUAAACCCACCUCGAUCUCCUUUGAAGAAAUUACUCACACAGAAUAACCACGACUCGCCUUUUCGAUCCCUGUUUGACACACCGGAAAAAGACACUGAAUCGCCCUUAUCUACUUUAGUUCUAAGAAAGGCUUCGUUUGAAACGCCUCCGAAAAGUCCGUCUCGAAGCCUCAAAUCUCCCCGGAAGCCUAUUCAGAGAGAGAUAUGUAUAAAGAAUGUGGAACAGCUUUUAAUGCCCACGCCUGAAAAGAAGCCAAAGGAGGAAUUAGAGGCUUUUCCUGCAGCACAGGUUGUAGUAAAUGAAGAUGGAACGGAAACAAAAAUUAGAAAGGUCUACGAAGGCAUAAGAAAGAAGAAGGAUGAAAACUUUGUCAAAAUAAAUAUGCGAAAGAAGAGCUUUGUUCGAGGAAAAGUAACAGCUGAACAGAAACGAAAAAUGGCCCGCAAAAUGAAAUGGAAAAAGCGAUUCGCCAAAUAA